AUGAAAGUCUCAGCACGUCUUCUUGCCUCUCCAGUGACGCCCCGUUUUAGACCAGGCCGAUCUGCUCCAAAACUGGCUGUCCUUCCACCUAUACCACUCUAUCGUCGCUUGCUACGGAUACAUCGAAAGCGUCUAGGUCCGGAAGAGCGGAUUAUGGGCGACCUCUAUCUGAAAGCCGAAUUUCGACGGCACAAGGACAUUGACAACCCAAUUCACAUCAUUGGCUUUCUUACGCAAUGGCAGCAAUAUGGCCAGACGAUCGAAGGAGAGAACUGGAAGGACGAGAAGUUUGAUAAAGAGCUACUGGACAAGAUGAGUGAUCAGCAGGUUGGGCAGAUGUACGAGCUGAUGCAAACGAUACAAAAGAGGGGCAGAGAUGCUGCAGACGAAGAGAGUGUAGAUGAGCUGUACGCACCUGAUGAGUCAAAGAAACAGUGA